GAACGGAAGUACGUUUGAGGCAAGGACUAGCAGACACAGAGAAGGAUAUUAAUGUGUAAUUUGAACUAAAUAAACUUCGUAAAUGUAAUAGUUUUUGUCAUGCCAGAGAUAAAACUUUCUCACGGCGUUUGGAGCUAACAUCUGGAUGUUUAAAAAAAACAACUGACAGCAGUGAUGGAGUUGUCUCAGAGGGACAGGCUGUCUGUGCUGGUGGAGGAGCUGACCACAUCUGGACAGCCUCAGCUGAACCAGGACAAGAUGAAGGAGAUCAAGAAGAUCUGCAAAGCGUCUAAUGACUGCAUCGACCACGUUUAUCACAUGAUGUCUCAGCUCAGCCAAGAACACGCCGAGGUCAGACUGUCCGCCUUUCAGAUCGCCAGCCCUUUCUCCAGAUCGCACCACUUCAGGACGAUGCUGGUCGACAACUUCCAGGAGUUCUUGGAAUUGACUGUAGAGACGGACUUGGAACAGCCCCUCCCCCCUCCUAAAGAAGUUGCCAGGAAGCUAAGGGCACUGGCUAUCCAAACCGUCCAAUCCUGGCAGGUCUCUUAUAGGGACCAUACAAGAAUCAAGCCUCUCAAACACAACAACACACACGUGUGCCCCGUCUGGUUAAGCAGCCAAUCACCAUUACCAGUGGUGGACUUUCAGGACGCUGAGGCUCGGACUGUAGCAGAGAGGAGACGGGAGGAGGAGAGACAGAGAAAAAUGGCGAGGAUCUACAAGGAGAGGGUGGAGGCGGCAUCCAAAGACAUGGAGGAGUCGCAGCAGGAAAUCGAGGCGACGUUGACCGAGAUGGAGUCAUGCAUGAGGCUCCUUUUACCCGAGUUUGACCUCGCAGGCAUUCAGGGAGCCAAUAGCCCCCAAAAGUCCCAACCAGCCAAUGAGUGUGAGGAAGAGCCGUGCUGCAGCAAAGACCUGAAGGAUGACAGGAGAGACGGAGCGAUGAAAGAGAUGGAGGAAAAAGAUGAAGAAGGUACGAUCAAGAAGGGAGAGGAAGAAAAGAAGAAGGAUGGGAAAGAGCAGGAUGAGAAGGAGACAGAGGAGGAGAGUAGUGAAGAAGAAGAAGAAGAAGAAGAAGAAGAAGAAGAAAAAAGGAGGAGGAUGAAGGAACAGGAAUCUCUUGAUGGAGACAGUUUUAUCCGUAACUCUGGUCUCAUCUCUCACUCGUACAGUCUGGACCUGAACCUCAGCACUGGUCUUCAUUUAAAGGAGACAGAAGAUAAUGAGGCAGUGGUUUCCACGGUGAUAGACCUCCAUAAACUGAAAGACAAACACCUACCAGCUGUGCAGAGCUGGGUCCAGGUGUUCACCAAAGCGGGCGCUGAACAGCAGAUGUUGAGGAGAGCUCUGGACCUGAAGAGUUCAUUAGAAGCGUCUCUGCAGAAACACAAAGAGCUUCACAUCGAUUAUAAAACCAGAGUCCGCAAAGUGAUAAAGGCGUCUGCAGGCGGAGAGGAGGACGAGGACGAGGACGAGGACGAUGAUGAUGAUGAUGACGAUUUCGAUGAGGUUCCAGAGAAAGAAGGAUACGAGCCGCACAUUCCUGAGCAUCUCCGAGCCGCAUACGGUUUGGAUCCUUCUCCUUCCACUUCCACCGCAGCCUUCACUAAGAAACCCCCACCUAAACGACCUGCCCCCCCACCAACUCCUCUGCCCUCCUCCUCCCGGCGACUAAAGCGUCUCACAGAGGAGGAGCAGGAUCCGACAUGUGCAGCCGCCACACUGCGUCACCUCAGACAGAACCUCCCCCUUCCACCUGCAGAACCCAGCAGCUCCUCUGUCUCCAGUCCAUCCCAAACCGGUUCAGGCCAGGCUGCGGAUGCUCCUGUGGUCCCCUUCGGUUUGGACCUGUAUUACUGGGGCGAGGAGCAGCCGAACGCCGGCAAGAUCGUCAAGUCGACCUCUCAGCAUCAAUUCUGGGUUCAUGCCGAGGUGAACGAGGAGGUGCAGAACGAGGAGCUGUUGGCAGAGAGCAAGAGCAGGUACAUCUCCUUCCCCGGGAGCUUCACUCCCGUCAGCCAUCACUGCAGAGCUCCGCUGGGUGAGGGGAGGCUGUGUCAGCGACAGGACCGCCGAAAGUGUCCUUUCCAUGGCCCCAUCGUUCCUCGAGACCAGGACGGGAGACCCUGCAGGAAGGAGGACCGGCUGAGGGAAGAGAAGGAGGAGAGGAAGAAGAGGGAGGAGCAGCCAGACUGGCGUGAUGCGGAGCUUAUGAGAGACAUCGAGGCGGCGACAGGAGAAAACCUGGGCUCUGACCGAGUCGGUAAAAAAGGAAAAGGGAAGAAGAAGAAAUACCCGAACCUCAGUGAUCUGAAGCAGAACGCCAACACGGCUCGCUCCAGGCUGGAGAGGAAAGUCUUCAACAAGAGCAGCAUGCGCAGAGUGGCUCAGGUGAUGAGUAAAGCUGACGGAAGAAAACACGACAAGUUCUCCAACCAGUUCAACUACGCCUUAAACUGACCUCCGACCUCCGAGCAGCUACAUCUGCCUUCAAAUGAACCGAGACAGACUUGAAUCACACUGACAGAAGCAGAGGUUUUAAUUUAUUGAUGUGCCCGUAUGGACUGAUGAAGAGACAGAAAUGGUGGGAGAGACAUAUUUCAAUCAUUGUUUGAACACUCUGAGGCAUCUCAGGUGUUAUAAUGUGAUCAUUUAGGAGGGUAUGAACAUGCACUGUUUGGUUGCAAUAAUAUCAACUUUGUACCAGCCAAAUUCAUUUUGACUGGAUUUUUUUAUUCCCUUUUUCAGGUUUUUAUUCUAAUAGCCAAGUUAACUUUAACGUUUGUAUUUGUUUAUGUUUUGUAUGUUUAGUAAAUGAACAUCACGCAUGUUCAAACUAUUUGUAUCAGAAUUAAACUAAGAGACUCUGCCUGCUCUUUCUGUCUUUGUCUGUUUGAUGAUUUUAAUUCAGGCUCAGAUCUGCAUCCUCACAUUAAGUUUGGACAGAUGUUUCCCUCAUCAGUGAUUGCAAUAAUCUGAGAUUGAGCCACAGUAUGAUCUGUUACCUGCCAACAUGUAAUCCACAGAUUACUUUGAAUGAUUGAGAGGGAGAAUAAAAUGCCAAAAAAAAAAACAAUGCGCAAACUUGAAUAAAAAAAUAAAGUAAGUUUAAAGAA